AACGUGAAGGUGUCUAAAUUGCGCUCUCGCAGCCGACAAAUCAUACCGUCAAAUUGAAAAUAAAAUAACAGUUAUAAAGCUGCACCACAACAGCUAGUGAAUGAUUCGACGAGUAGUGUGUUGUGUAUGCGUAGAAAUCUCAAACUGAUUCCGAUUGUGAGAUUACAAAAAAGAAAAAAAAAAACAUACAUAUAUAUCUUGAAAUUGCAAUAUUUGUAUAAAAGGCAGCCACAACGGUUGGCACGCAGAUAAUUUCAUUUUAAUAUUCAUUGCAAACACACACGUAAACCACACAUAGCUCACGCGCUAAUCGACGACUAUACUUAUAUACGCACCUGCAUACAUAAAAUAAUAGCGACAGUGUUAAAUAAAUAUUUGUUCUUACAACAAACACAUAAUAAUUUUAAAUACAUAUUAUACAAAGUGUACUUUUAUUUAUUUGUUGUUGCUUUUAGUGUAUUUAGUGAAAAUUGCUUUUACAAAAAAAAAAAAAAUAAAUAUAAAAUAUACAACAACUGAAUAACAAAAAGUGCAUUUAAGCAAGAGAAAAGUACAAAUUAUUAAACAUAGAAUUUGUAACACUACAACAAAGUGCUAAAACAACAAACAAGCAAAUCAUCUUCUAACUAACUACGAGUACCAACCACCAACUAGUCGUUUUAAAGAGUGCAUUGAAUUCAACAAUAAACUGACGUCGAACAUGAAUUUCACACGCCAGCUAUCGGAAAUGAGCGCCAGUGAACUUAAUGACGCCAUUGACGACACCAAUUUCCCACAGGCGCAUAUCCUGUCACGUGGCCGCAACAACAGCGUCUGCUCGACAAGCUCCGCUUCGGGCAUAAUACCGCUUAUGGAUCGUGCCCUCUCGCAGACAGAUGAAGUGGUUGGUACUACCACGGCCAACAGCAUUGGCACUUCUGCCACCACACCAGGUGGCGUCAAUACGAAUGUUGGCGGUGGUGGUCCCACUAAUGCGCUAGUCAACGAUGCAGUGAUUACGACACCACCUGUCGCCUUUACACGCCCGAAAUUGAUGUUGAAAACAAAUGGCAUCAUACCCGAGCAUGAGGCGGACGCACCAAUGACCCCAAAAACUCCGCGUACAUCGACGACACCAGGUCAUGAAAAUUGCACAUUCCAUCAUGACCUCGAACUGGAUCACAAACCUCCUACACGUGAGGCUCUCUUACCCGAGUUGUCGCGUUCUUAUCGCCUCUUGCUGAGUGGUCUGGGUGAAAAUCCCGAGCGACAGGGCUUGCUGAAGACACCCGAACGUGCGGCAAAGGCCAUGUUGUUCUUUACGAAGGGUUACGACCAGAAUUUGGAAGAUGUUCUUAACGGCGCUGUCUUCGAUGAGGAUCAUGAUGAAAUGGUUGUCGUCAAGGAUAUUGAAAUGUUUUCCAUGUGCGAACAUCAUAUGGUUCCGUUCUAUGGAAAGGUUUCUAUUGGUUAUUUGCCGUGCAAUAAGAUUUUGGGGCUCAGCAAGUUGGCAAGAAUUGUGGAGAUCUUUUCACGACGCUUGCAAGUGCAGGAACGCCUGACCAAGCAGAUUGCCGUUGCCGUCACACAGGCCGUACAACCAGCUGGAGUUGCGGUUAUCAUUGAAGGAGUUCACAUGUGUAUGGUAAUGCGAGGCGUACAGAAAAUCAAUAGCAAAACUGUGACCUCAACAAUGUUAGGCGUCUUUCGUGACGACCCCAAAACCAGAGAGGAAUUCUUGAAUCUCGUCACCAGCAAAUAAGUACUUGCACUUGAAUAUUUGGACUGGAGAUGCGACAAAACAUUCCGAUGAACCGAAGUACGUAAAGGCGGAAAUUUUUAUAACGAAUGCUGCUAUUAUACAAUAUUUUAAAGAAAACUAUAUAUGUACUUAAAUAUAAAUUGCAUAUUGUAUAAGAAAUAAUAUACAUAUUAAUAUACAUACAUACAUUUAUAUAAAAAUACUUAACCCGAAAAGAAAAGAAAAAAGAAAAAUAAACAGCCAGAAAGAGAAUUGUAUUGUACUUAAGCGGCCAACACGAUAGUUACCGUGAAUGUUGGAAAAGUAAAUACUUUUUGAAUGUCGUACAAGACAAAUGAGCGCAUUAAAAAACCUAAUAAAAUUUAAAACAAAUAUCAAGGCUAAAUGGAUUAUGGAAUAUUAUUUAGUGAAAUAUAUAUUACAAAAAGUGAGAUAAAAAAAGAA